AUGGAGGAGGUGGUGGCGGAGGAUGGUGGAUUUGGUUGGGGAAUUGGAGGUGGCUAUGGUGCUGGAGGUAGUGACGGAGGAAGUGGUGGUGGAGGAGGAGGAAGAGGUGCGAAUGGUGGAUUUGGCUGGGGAAUAGGAGGCGGCUAUGGGGGUGGAUUAGGUAGCAAUGGAGGAGGUAGUACUGGCGGAGGUGGAGGAGGAGGAGGAGGCGAAGAUGGCAGUAGUGGAUUUGGUGUGGGAGCAGGGGAAGGCCAUGGAGAUGUGGAGGCAAUUAAUCCAAUUGAAGUUUAA